AUGGCCGUCAGAAAACGCUUCAUCAAUCCCUUUUCGCACAGACCGUCUGUCGAAGAACAACAGGUGGGAAGUUUAUCCGACAUUGAAGCUUCUGGCGAUGCCAAGCUUCCCAUGGGCAAGUCUCAAGAGACCAACGAGCCUUUAUCAGGCGAUGAAGUAGUGGAUGAAAAAGCACAGAGUGGUACUCAGAAGGCCCAAGCAAGUACGCAAGCCUGGACGAAGAACACUUUGAUAGCAACCUACAUUCUUAUGUGGGUCGUCAACUUCCUAGAAUAUUUCAGCUCCGGCCUUCUUAGCACACUGUCGCCCUACAUUUACAGUGACUUCCAGAUGCACUCCUUGACGGGUAUCACCACUGUUAUCGCUUCUAUUGUUUCCGCUAUGAUCAAAUUCCCAUACGCGAAGGUUAUGGAUAUUUGGGGUCGGCCCCAAGCCUUUGGAAUUGGCGUUGCGCUUUUAACACUAGGUCUGGUUAUGAUGGCUGCUUGCAAGGAUGUCAAGACCUACUGUGCUGCUCAAGUUUUCUAUCAGACUGGAUUCAGUAUGAUAGAUUUCUCUAUGACUAUUUUCAUCGCUGAUACCACGGCCUUGAAGAAUCGUGCAUUUUGGAUUGCGUACUCUGCUUCGCCGUACCUGAUUACACCGUGGAUCUACGGUUAUGCAGCUGAUCGAAUUCUCGCCCCGGGUGGUAUUGGAUACCGCUGGGGAUUUGGUGUUUUUGCUAUAGUCAUGCCUGUGGUUUGUGCGCCCCUCUGGGGUCUAUGGUAUUAUACCCAGAAGAAGGCCGAAAAGCUGAACUUCAUCGAGAAGAAGAGCAGUGGACGAACUUUCUGGCAAUCUGUUAUACACUACUGCAUUGAGUUUGAUGUUAUCGGUCUUCUCAUCAUCUCGACUGGAUUUUCACUCUUCCUCUUGUCGUUCAACCUAUAUUCGUACCAACGUGGUGAAUGGAGUUCGCCAAUGAUAAUAUGCUUCGUUGUCUUCGGGUUCUCUUUGAUCCUCGCCUUCACAGUGUGGGAAAAGUAUUUCGCGCCCGUCAAGUUCAUGCCGUGGGAGUUGAUAGAGAACCGGACAGUCUGCUUCACAUUUUCAAUGGUUGUCUCACUCUAUUUUGCCUGGUAUAUCUGGGAUAACUACUUCGCCUCUGUUCUACAGGUCAUGUUCAACCAAACUGUCCAACACUCGACUUAUAUUUCCAACAUCUACACUAUGGGCUCUACUUUCUGGUGCCUUUGCUUCGGAGUUAUUCUCCGCUACAACGGCCGAUUGAAGCUAUGGGCCAUCUGCUUUGGUGUUCCUCUGACUGUUCUUGGAGUUGGCCUUAUGAUCAAGUUCCGACAACCAGAUGUCAAUAUUGGCUAUGUCGUAAUGUGCCUCAUAUUUAUUGCUUUUGGUGGCGGUACCCUCGUGACCUGUGAACAGAUGACAGUCAUGUCUGUGUCAGCACAGCGAAAUAUCCCUGCUAUAAUGGCGAUGGAGGGCGUCGUUUCUAGCAUCGGUAGUGCUCUUGGUGGUACUGUUGCUACUGCUAUGUGGACUGGUAUAUUUCCAACUAAAUUGAGAGACCAUCUUCCGGAAUCUGCUCAGUCCCAAUUCGAGAGUAUCUAUAGCUCCUUGUACGUUCAAGAGUCCUAUGCGAGAGGCUCGGCCAUUCGCAAUUCGAUUGAUCAUGCGUACGGUGAUACCCAGCGACUGAUGCUGAUUACUGCUACCUGUCUCUAUAUUAUUACUUGGACCUCCUGCUUCUUCUGGAAGAAUAUCGAUGUGAAAAAGAUGAAUCAGCAAGUACAUGGUACUCACCUGUGA